CGAGAUAAUACGAGGUCUGUUGGCAUUACACAGACCAAAGCGCCUGGGGUGAAGAGUCAUUUUGCAAAUGGAACUUGACCAAUUGAGGAAGAGAUGAUGAGGUUAACUCUGUGUUUGUUGGUAGUUGGGAUGUUGGGAUUAUCGGGUAGCGAAGAUGUCAGAGUGGACGAUUAUAUGCCCUUGGUUUACAAUUUCUAUGACAUGAUAGCUGAGGCUGCUUGUGUGAGCAAGGCUCCUGUAAAACCUACAAUGGUAUGGGCAAUCAGGAGAAACUGUGGAGCAGAAAUAUGCCGAGAGGUUUGCAGUGUUAACAGGCUGAGGUGUUUCUACGGCUUCAUCGUAAAGAAGACUCCAAAGAUUCUCCACGCCGACAGCAACAAAGAUGAAGGGAUAGAUGGGUUGGGAUCGAUUUUCUUUUCGGAAGAUGCAGGUUGUACCCAUAGCACAGGAUGCGGGCCAAACUACUGUUGUUGUGAGGGUGAAAAGAAGACGUAAUUCGGCAGUUUUAUAUAACUAUGAUGUUUUCUAACUCAAGAGCCCUGAAAUUAAGUUCUACGUGCUGUACAGAUUUUGCACACACAAAACACCGUGGAGUUAAAGCUAAAUAACUGUUAGUGUAAAAUGUUCCUGUUAACAGUUGAAAACACUGCGAUGGAAGAAUGACUCGUAACAAGGUAUUUGUAUUAAAGAUCUACUGACAAAA